CACUCUGCUCCGUUCACGCACAGCAUUUCAUGAACUCAUCUCCAAGGCGUGUGUCUAUCCUCCCUGUGUUCAUUCCCGCUCAGACGAAGCUUCCUGCUCCCAUGUUUUGAGUCCGCUCCAGUCGGAGACAGUUCACCAUGUCCACCGGGUCUCUCAGCGACGUCGACGACGAGCUCCUGGACGGCAUCCUGAAGUUUGGCUCCUCCGGUAAAGACUCCAACGAAAGCACAGAGGAGAGCUCCAACUGCGAGGGCACUUGCGCAAAUGACGCGCCGGGUAAGAAACGCAAGACAGCGUCCCGGAAAACUGCACCUAAGGGUGUGGCACAGCAGGAGGGCAAACACGUGCAGAGGAACGCUGCGAACGCCCGGGAGAGAGCCAGGAUGCGCGUCUUGUCCAAAGCCUUCUCCCGGCUGAAGACUACCUUACCCUGGGUACCAGCGGACACCAAGCUCUCCAAACUGGAUACUCUGCGCCUGGCGUCCAGCUACAUCGCGCACCUCCGGCAGAUACUGGCCAACGACAAAUACGAAAACGGAUUUAUCCACCCCGUUAACCUGACGUGGCCUUUCAUGGUUGCAGGUAAGCCGGAGAACGAUUUGAAGGAGAUGCUGAACACAACAAGGUUAUGUGGAACAACGGCGUCCUGACGAAACCAAGCGGACAAGGGAACAAAACAUUUAUAAGAAAAAACAAAAAUUAAGAAAAGAAAAAAACAAAGACUGAAAUGCACGUCUCAUCUCCGCAGACUUUGAGUGGGAAUAACGGAGAGAACGUAUCCUCGCUCCUUCGUUCCCGUAAAGAGAAAUUUUAUUUAAAUGCAUCCUGUCACCUGUUUGCUGUCUUUGCUGGUUCAAAGAUUGCUUGCGUUGCUUUAAAUGGCUUUUGUUGUCUUUUUAUACUCUGCAGAUGCAUUUUUUUUUUUUACUCCUGCAGGCCUGUUUUUUUUUGUUUUUUUUUGCAGCUGCAUUAUGAUGGAUGGAUGUGCACAUAAAACAGUGUCCACUGUCUCAAAUGGUUGUACAGAUUACAUGUAUAUAAAAAUAUAUUUGUAUCACUUUUA